GAAGAGGUUAAAGCGUGUCCCGGUGGACUGAAAGCCCGGAGCUUCAUGGGAUGCCAUAUAAAGCUCGUUCCGCCAGACCGGCCCCGGCUCCGGGAGCUCCCGGGACGCGCACGGAGCGGAGCCGCCGGUGCCGCCGGUACCGCCGGUGCCAUGGAGCCGCCGGGGCGGCCCUGGGAUGAAGCCAAAGCUUUCUACGACAACCUCGCCCCCAAGAAGAAGCCCAAAUCGCCCAAGCCUGAGAACGCCAUCACCAUCGCCGUGUCCUCGCGGGCGCUGUUCCGCAUGGAGGAGGAGCAGAAGAUCUACACGGAGCAGGGCGUGGAGGCCUACGUCAAAUAUCAGCUGGACCACGAGAACGAGCCCUUCCUCCCCGGGGCCGCCUUCCCCUUCGUCAAGGCUCUGGAGGCAGUGAAUGCUCAGCUCCGUGAGCUCUACCCCGACAGCGAGGAGCUCUUCGACAUCGUCCUCAUGACCAACAACCACGCCCAGGUUGGGGUUCGCUUGAUCAACAGCAUCAACCACUACGAUCUGUUCAUCGAGAGGUUCUGCAUGACGGGAGGGAACAGCCCCAUCUGUUACCUCAAGGCCUAUCACACCAACCUCUACCUCUCCUCCGACGCCGAGAAAGUGAGUGGGGCCAUUGAAGAGGGGAUUGCUGCAGCCACCAUCUUCAGCCCCAGCAGGGACCUGGAGGUGUCGGAGAAGCAGCUGCGGGUGGCGUUCGACGGGGACGCCGUGCUCUUCUCGGAUGAGUCGGAGCAGAUCGUGAAGGCUCACGGCCUGGACAUGUUCUUUGAGCACGAAAAGGCUCACGAGAACAAGCCCCUGGCACAGGGCCCCCUGAAGGGUUUCCUGGAGGCGCUGGGGAAGCUGCAGAAGAAGUUCUACUCCAAGGGGCUGAGGCUGGAGUGUCCCAUCCGCACGUACCUGGUGACGGCGCGGAGCGCGGCCAGCUCGGGGGCCCGCGCCCUAAAAACUCUGCGCAGUUGGGGCCUGGAGACGGACGAGGCUCUGUUCCUGGCCGGGGCACCCAAGGGACCUCUGCUCAGGAAGAUCCGGCCCCACAUCUUCUUCGACGACCAGAUGUUCCACGUGGAGGGAGCGCAGGAGAUGGGCGCCGUGGCCGCCCACGUCCCCUACGGCGUGGCCCAGAGGCACAAGCGGCCGGCGCAGGAGAAGCAGCAAACCCCAAACAGCAAAUAGCGGGGUUGGGGAUGGGGAUGGGGAUCCCCAAAACCCCCAGCACGGAUUUCAUCCCGUGGGCCGCGCUCCCUGCGCUGUUUGUUCUGGGAUUGGGGGUUGUGGAGAGGGGGAAGAUGUCCUUGGUGCCUCUGCUCGGUGGGGUCUGGUGGCAUCGCUGCUGUUCCUCGUGGGGCUGGGGGCUCCUCUGUGCCAGGAGAUGUUUUCCCGCUUUAUCCGGGCACAAAACCCCUCGAGGAUGGGUCUGCCUCUGUGUGGAAUCUUUGUGCCAGGAAGGUUUAACCUAUUUAUUUAAAACCCCCGGUGAUUCCCAAAGCCGCCUGGCUUUCCCAAGCAGAUGGUGAACUGGAAAAUUGGGAGCACUCAAAAACCUUCCAAGCAGCUUUGAAACAAAAGUUUGUCUCUUUUAACUGGAAUUAAACCAUGAAAUUAUUCCUUCCCAGCCCCAGCUGCUGCUCCCCAACCAGAAAAUACUCAAUAUCUGUCUUUUCACCAAGAUUUUGCCAGCUUAAAUUUGGAAAAAUAGAAACAAAUAUUUAACAUACUAAAAAAAAAAAAGAAAAAAAUCCUGUUUCCUGCUUGGAGCUUUGGGCUGGUGUAUUGUUGGCCCAGGUUUUUAUAUUUGGGUUUCACACUUGCAUGAUUUAACACUUAAAACUAAUAAUCUCUGUGAACAUCCAAAGCCCAGCUUGUCCAAGGGCUGCAGACACAUGCCCAGGGCUUGAAUUAAGUUAAAAGCAGGCCUUGAUAUAUUAGGGACAUCAUUUGAAGUCCAUUUAGGUAAAUCUGCAGAGAAUUUCAGCCUGGGGAUUUCAAUUAAAGGAUUUUUUUUUCUCCCUUUCUAGGCUGAGCCCAUAUGAGUCGAUAAUCUUUUUCUCCUCAGCUUCUUAAAACCUCUGUGGUGUUUCCUGAAAUAGACACCUCUGUUAGCGAUGCUGUGAGAGAACCAAAUCUCUGAUUAAAAAACAGGAUGGGAAAUCAAUGGGAGAGAAACUGGUGUGAAAAUCACACUGACAUUUCUGCUCAAAGCCCUGUCCCAAAGGAGACACUCGGGAGGAAAAUUCAAAGAUUAUUUCUUCCUUGUGGGUUUUUCUUUUCAUUUUUUUUUUUUUUAAUUUUUUUUUUUACAUGACAUCCCACAGCUGAGCAGGAAGGCUGCUCAAUAUUUUCAGGCAGUUUUCUACAAAUUCCAUGGGCUGAAAUUUUCCAAGCUGUGUGUCUGGCUCUUUCCAGGGAUGUUUCAGCUCAAACAGUGAAGCUGGAGCUGGAGUUAUCACCCUUUUUUUGAGGAAUAUGUAAAUAACCAAGCUGGUGAUGCCUUCAGUGGCUUGGGAGACUUUUCUCAUUGCACUAAAUCCUACUCUAGCAGUGAAAAGCAAAUUGCACUUUUUCCCCCCAAAAAAAUUCUUUGGCAGACUGUCACAUCUGGGUGACAAACACCUCGGAGGAAGGUCUAAAAUCCAAACAAACAAACGAAAAAUCCUGGGAGAAACGAGUUUCUGAGUGUCACAUCCGCCAGCACUCUGGUUUAUAGAAAGGUCUUGUCUUUUUUUAAUGUGAACCCAAGAUUUUGGGAUCUGAACUGGAUCUUGGAGACCUUUUUGGCAGCUGGGAGGGGGAGCACAGCCAGUAAACAUUUCCAAGGUGUUUCCUGAAGAUGGUGGAAGCCCAGCCAAGCCUGGCUUGUGCAGGGGAGAGGAUGUUGCAGGAGGAAUGGAAUUGUCAGGCAGCCCUGGGGAACAGGGCAGGCUGCCAGUGGGACUGGGGACAUGGGGAUGUGUCCGUGGGAUGAUCCAGAGGUGAUGCUGGUGAUGGCAGGAGGAGAGGGAUGCCUGGGGAAGUUUUGGUUUUGGGGCAGAGCCCUGGAUUUGAGCAGAUUCCUGCUGCCUCUCCAGGCCCUGAGGUGCACAGGGAGCUGGGUGCAAGCUGGGGACGGGGUUUUAGUGACCCUUCUUUGGGUCCUCCUGCUGCCAGGGCAGCUUGGGGGCUCCCUGGGAGGUGUGGGGCUCAGGAAAUGGAGCCCCAGGUGAGCCAGACCUCCCCAAAUCCUUCCCGAGCAGGGAGGAUUUUCCAUUCCCACCAUGGCUGCCCCUUUUGCUUUUCUCCACGUGGCUUCCUCUGUUUUUGUUUGGGUUUUUUUGUGUUUUUUUUUUCCCUCCUCCAUCAGUACAACUGGAAGACAAGGACUUGCUGCUGGUGGACUUCCCUCACGUCCCCUGGGCUGGGGAGUGUCCCUGGGAUCAUCCCCUGGGACGGGCGCUUCUCCCCAGGGUCCUGCUGUCCCUGGCUGCCAUCUGGACUUUUCCUGCUGUGUGUUGUUGCUGUGGAUUUCACUUCAUUGUCCUCCGGUGGUUUUUUGGUUUUUUUGCCAUGUUAAUGGGAUCCCUGGGGGUGUUUUUCCCUAAUAAACCGUGUUGGUCCCA